AUGUGCUAUGAAGGAACCUAUCAUCCUACCAUCAAGAAGCUCCUGCCACCUUUCUGGAGGCUUCUGGCACACUACUUUGUAAUUUUCAUUUCUAGAAGGAAGGGAGGAUCGGAUGAAAUUAGUCAAACUACGACCUUGGCUAUUGUCGCUCUAGCAAUGGACUGGGAUUACAAUUUUUCAAGAUUUCUCUUUGAAGAAAUGAAAAGCAGCCUUCACGGGAAGAAGAAGGACCUAUUUUUGAUGUAUCCCAAAAAAGCUACCAAAAUCUCCUAUCUAGGGUUGAAGGAGUUUGUCAAGUUUGGAAAGUUUGCUGAAGUUAAAGAUACUCCUACUGCCAGUUCCAUUAAUGUUGAGAUUUUCGAGGGACAUGUGGCACCUAUACCAAAAUUUCAAUUUGCAUUUGAAGAGGUUGAAGUGUCUGAUGAUGAAGGCGAUGCGAGUCAAGAAAAGGAGUUGACAGAGAAUGAGUUUGAUGAUUUUCUACAAGGUAUCUCAAUUCCUGAUGAUAAUAUUCAUAUGUGUGAAUCAUCGAAGGAACCAGUCAAUGAAGCUGUGAUUUCUCCAGAUGAGAUAGAGAAUGAAGUCAAUAUUUUCAAGCAAUUAAAUGAUCCAACCCCUGAACAGAUGGAUGCUCUUAUUUCCGAACUUCAGUGA